AUGGGUGUUGAAUGUUUACUGACAACGUCACAUGCAGGCCACAACAACGGGGUGGCGGGCGACACUGGUGAUGAAGCUGAAGAUGACAACCCAGAUGAUGCCGAAUUUGACCCGUAUGAUGAUGCCCUUGAACAUGUAUCUCAAGAUAUAUUUGACAUGCUUACUGUAUCAGAUGAAGAUGAUUUUGAAGGUUUUUAA